GAUCUGCAGCUCCGCUCAGUCUCUAUCAGGCUACGCUCACCCGCUCUCUGCGUUAAACCUGCGUUUAUCCACAACUCAGAGCUACAGCGAGUCCAGUCGACUCAGAGAGCCUGCAAUAGACGCGAGGUCGUGUGGAUGUGGUCUUUGUUAGAAAUGCUCCUCAGGUAGUGUGUAGGUGGAGAGAGAUCACACACUAGAGAGUUGCUGUAAACGGAGUAAACACGGCACUAACACACAGGUGACUGCGGCUCUGAGCUGUCGGAGGACAUGGAUUUCACACAGGCUGCAGGUGGAGUGAUAGCUUACAUUAGCUCCGCGAGCUCGGCCUCCAGUCCCGAGUCGUGCUACAGCGACUCCUCCAACAGCAGCUGCGCGGGCCAGGGCCAACAGGGCGAAACCCUCGCUGUGGCCCCUCAGUCCCGCCCACGGAACACACGGUCGCCCUCCACAGCCAAAAGUGGCAUUACAAAGAUUAAUGGGCUGGUGCUGCUAUGUAAAGUGUGUGGAGAUGUGGCGUCAGGAUUUCACUACGGCGUUCACGCCUGUGAGGGAUGUAAGGGUUUCUUCAGGAGGAGCAUUCAGCAGAACAUUCAGUAUAAGAAGUGCCUUAAGAACGAAAGCUGUCCCAUCACGCGCAUCAACAGGAACCGAUGCCAGCAGUGCCGCUUUAAGAAGUGUCUGCUCGUGGGCAUGUCCAGAGACGCUGUGCGUUUCGGCCGAAUUCCCAAACGAGAGAAGCAGCGCAUGCUGCUUGAGAUGCAGAACGCCAUGAACAACAUGAUGAACAACAGCCACGGCAGCCAGCCCCUGGGCAACCAGACGUCUGCCAGCGAUGCAGCUUCAGAGCACAGCGGCUCCGGCCCUUCCUCCCGCUCCCCCUCCACCUCCCCCAGGAGCCACCGAUCCGAAUCCAGCCCUGACCCCGAGCUGCUGAGCGCCAUGGAUACAAGCACCAGCUCAGACUCCUCCAGUGCCACUGACAGCGGGGAGGAGGAGGUCAUCAGCACAGUGACUAGAGCGCACCAGGAGACCUUCAUGUACAAUCAGGAGCAGGCCAGCAUGCCUUCAGAGGCCCCUAACAACUACAGCCAUUGCACAGAGAAGACUCAGGAGGUCUGGAACCAGCAGAACAAUGCAUCCUCAGAGAGCGAACAGAAGCCUCCAUCAGAUGGUGCUCCACAGGGGCCUGAAGACUCGGGCUGUCCUGUCAGACUGCCCUACAGGAGCCCCGCUGGGCCGUCUCUGCAGAACUUCUCUCUGAGAGCUCAUAACGACAGUGACACCCAAGUCAAUGGCAGCUGUAGUGUCCCAACAUUCGCAAGGGUUAACAGGAUGCACCUGGUUUGCCCCAUGAACACAUCGCCCUAUGUUCCUAUGGAUCCUCAGAAGUCGGGUCACAGUAUUUGGGAGGAGUUCUCCAUGAGCUUCACCCCAGCCGUCAGAGAGGUGGUGGAAUUUGCAAAGCGCAUCCCAGGAUUCAAAGACCUGUCCCAGCAUGACCAGGUCAGCCUGCUGAAGGCCGGCACCUUUGAGGUGCUGGUGGUGCGCUUUACAUCCCUGUUCAAUGUGAAGGAGCACACAGUCACAUUUCUGAGCGGCAGGAAGUACAGUGUGGAGGCACUGCGCUCGAUGGGUGCUGGAGAUCUCCUCAACUCAAUGUUUGACUUCACCGAGAAGCUGCAAGCUCUGAACCUCAGUGAGGAGGAGAUGAGCCUCUUCACGGCCGUAGUGCUGGUGUCUGCAGAUCGCUCUGGUCUCGAGAACGUCAACUCGGUCGAGGCCCUUCAGGAAACUCUGAUUCGAGCGCUGCGCAGCUUGAUCACCAAGAACCACCCCAACGAGCUCGCCAUCUUCACUAAACUGCUCCUCAAGCUGCCGGACCUGCGCUCGCUCAACAACAUGCACUCUGAGCAGCUCUUGGCCUUCAAGGUCCACCCCUGAGCACCCAUCAACCCUCAUAACUGUGGACCACACCACCACCCCCCCUCCCAUCCAUCUCCAGAGCCUCCAGGCCUGUUCCUGCGGCCCACUUAUCCAGUGGGGAGCUUGCUGUUACUCAAUGCCCCUUUCUUGACACUUCUCCCCAUGACAUUCAAAGGACUGCUGGUUAAACAUGGGAUGGGAUGGGGGGUGGGGGUUUCGUCGUACUGUAAAACGCCUCAGCUCGUGCUAACGCACACGACUCGCAGACACAAACUGGAGGGGUUUCGUUGUAGAUGCUUACGAGAGUUUGUACGAUUACACGGUUUGUGUGUGUGCAGAGGCACCUUGAAUUAAUUCUAGAUCUAUACUGCCUGUGCAAUAAGUGACACGUUCACUGUUUUUGGAUUGUUCCUUGUUGGUCUUUUAAUACUUUCAGAGAAGAGGACGUAUGAAUGCCGUGUGUCAUUUAGGGGAGCUUUCUGGCAGGAAGACACAGGAUUGUUUAAUGACUAGAUCUAUUUUUGUAGUACGUUUUCUGUCUUCAAAUCUGUAGUUAAGUGCAGAGGAAGCCGCUCUUAAGGCCUCAAACGUUAUGUAAGCAUGUGAACGCAAAAGCCUCUUGCUACACAAGCUCAGUUUUGUGGAUGGUUGUGGUCCAAAUACAAGUGGCAUGCAGACAAACUGUCCUUUACAGUCAGUUUUCUCUUCCAGGUCAGCUACUGCCGUGAUGGAGCAAGAGUUUGAAGAGAAUCUUGCUGAGCAAGUUGGAGUUAGUUCAGCUGCCCACACAUUUAUAUCUAGCUACCUGACUAGUGACGCAUUUGGCUUAUUGGCACAGACAUUUGAAGUUGACUGUUGCCCGCUUGAGUGUUUGUUUCUGCCAAUACUCAGUCAGGCUUGGCCAAAUUUGUGUUCUUGCAUAGAGUAUGUUUCUGGUUUUAGAUCUGCGUAAUGGUGCAUCUGUGUAUAUGUCCUGAUUCGUAGGGCUUUCAGUGAUGUGUGAUGAUGAUGCUAAAUGACUAAAGGAGGAGUAGAUCAUACGUGUUUUAUCACUGUAAGCAUUGUGCAUGCUCCUCCCCGGUACUGAUGGGACACAAAGCCAUCCACAGUGACGUCAUAAUGUCUGUAUAGCUGACACCUGCCGGUUUGAUGCAUCUGUAUGGGUGAUCAUUUCAGGCUGAAUAUUUAUGAUUUUUCGACUGAUGGUUUUGGGAGGAAACACUCCCCAUCAAAUAAUUGUAAUUCUGUUCAUUUCUCUUUUUUCAAUAUUUUAUUGUUCUUUCUGGGCAAGUCUGUUCAGUGGAAGUUCUUGUAGAAUUAUUGUGUCUGUGCUGCAGCAAACAAAUAGUGUGCAUACUCGAGCACCGUUGGACCAGACAGGAAGAGGAAACAGGAAAUGGCCCAAAACGUACCACUGGCAAUGCCUCUCAUCAUCACCCUGCCAGCUCUGGGCAUCUGAACUCUUCUGGGGUCGGUUUUGAUCUCGAAGCUGCUGUAGAUGGAUAGUCAAGCAAAGAAGUAUCUUGAGUUCUGUUUGGUGUUUGCUGUUCCUGACUCAUUGUUCGGCCUGUGGCUCACUCAGCGUCAUUGUUGUGUUGCCAUGAUCCAGUCUGUCACUUUUCCUCUGUGAAAGCAUUGUAAGAUAGCUAGAUUUCUAUAUUAUAUGUAUGUAUAUAAAUAUAAUUCAGUACAUAUAAAAUAAGAAAAUAAACCGAUAAAUGCUGAACUCAUUUUUUCCAUGCGUUUAGUCAUUUUUGCAUCCAUGUGUCACAAGUGCGAAUGUAUAGACAGAAGCAUCGAAGUCAAAAGGACAAAAAGGUCGGA